AGGCUGGACCAUGGCACGCAUGAACCGGCCGGCACCAGUGGAGGUGAGCUACAAGCACAUGCGUUUCCUCAUCACGCACAACCCCACCAAUGCCACCCUCAGCGCCUUCAUCCAGGACCUGAAGAAAUAUGGGGCCACUACUGUGGUACGCGUGUGCGAAGUGACCUACGACAAAGCCCCGCUGGAGAAGGAUGGCAUCACUGUGGUGGACUGGCCAUUUGACGAUGGGGCACCCCCACCAGGCAAAGUAGUGGAGGACUGGCUGAGCCUACUGAGGGCCAAGUUCUACGAGGACCCUGGCAGCUGCGUGGCCGUGCACUGCGUGGCAGGCCUGGGACGGGCUCCGGUCCUCGUGGCGCUGGCCCUCAUCGAGAGUGGGAUGAAGUACGAGGAUGCCAUUCAGUUCAUCCGACAGAAGCGUCGAGGAGCUAUCAACAGCAAACAGCUCACCUAUCUGGAGAAAUACCGGCCUAAACAGAGACUGCGGUUCAAAGACCCCCACAUGCACAAAACCAAGUGCUGCGUCAUGUAGCUCAGGGCCCGGCCAGGGGGUCCGUGCCCUGGAUGGCCCUCACCUGGCCCUUCUUUCCUUGUACCCCUGGCGCACCUGUGUCCUGGAGUCUGAUCAGCUGUGUGCCCUUCCCUCCCUGUCUCUUUUCUCCUCUGACCCCACCCUCUGUCUCUGAGGCUCUUCCCUGGACUCCUGCCAGCAUCCUCCAUUGCCACCCCCAACAGGUCCUCUCUCUGGCCUGUUUAUUGUGGGUUGGGGUGUGAUUUCUUAAUCACUGGGCCAAGCCUCUUGUCCGUGGCCCCUCACCCUGACCUGGUACCAGAUCCCCGGGCAGUCCCAGACACUUGAAGGCAAUAAAA